UCCGCCCCGACGUGCGCGGAAUCCGGAGCGGGCGGCCGGCGCCUCCGCCUUAACCGGGGGACGGAGAGGGGCGCCCGGCUGGCCUCGCAGGGCGGCAGGAGGAGGGAAGGACUGCGGCCCGGGGCUGCUUCCCUCCCCGACCCGGGACGGCGCCCGGGCUGCAGGCCGUGCCCGGGAGGAGGGGCCGGGGGCCGGGCCGCCUCGCCGCUUCCGGAGGAGCCGGGGAGCCGGGCGGCCGCCAGCCGGGCCUGCGCGCCGACUUCCCCUCGCCGCGGCGGCCGCAGCGCGGGAGCCCGAGCCCGAGCCCGAGCCCGAGCCCGAGCCCGAGCCCCCGGCCGCCCAGCGGAGGGGUCGCCGCCGCCCACGCGCAGGAUGGCUGUUCCCUAAGGUCAAGACUGAGCCCCCUCCCUUCUCUCGCUUUACCAAUGCCUGGUCUCAUGGGGUCAGUUUUGAGCCCAACACUAUGGCAUCGUCAACCUCCUUCCCAGCUCCUCGCUCCCGGUCCAGGAAGCCUGUGGGCAAGGUGGCUGACUGGUUCAGGCAGGUCCUGUCGAAGACCUCCAAGAAGCUGUCUGACUCUGCAGAAAGUACCUCCAGUGAUGUUUCACAGCCCAGGUCCAAGGACAACCCCCCACCCCUGGGCCUCAGCUCAGCCGUGUCUCCCAACUCCCCAUCAACACAUGUGGGUGCCAGCAGCAGCAGCAGCAGUGGCAGUAGUGGCCGCUGGAGCAAGGACUAUGAUGUGUGUGUGUGCCACAGUGAGGAGGACCUGGUGGCUGCCCAGGAGCUGGUCUCCUACCUGGAGGGCAGCACGGCCAGCCUGCGCUGCUUCCUACAGCUUCGGGAUUCGACCCCAGGCGGUGCCAUCGUGUCCGAGCUGUGCCACGCACUGAGCAGCAGUCACUGCCGUGUACUGCUCAUCACCCCGGGCUUCCUGCAGGACCCAUGGUGCAAGUACCAGAUGCUACAGGCCCUGAGUGAGGCCCCUGGGGCAGAGGGCCGCACCAUCCCCCUGAUGUCAGGCCUCACCAGAGCUGCCUACCCUGCUGAGCUCCGGUUCAUGUACUUUGUGGACGGCCGGGGACCCGAUGGUGGCUUUCACCAAGUCAAGGAAGCUGUCAUGCGCUAUCUGCAGACCAUCAGCUGACAUUUCUUACAUCACCACGGAACCCAGAAAGUUGGAGUGAAGCUGGAAAUCGAGUUAGAGAGCUCAGGGCCCACAGGGUCUUGGAUUCCAGCAGAUGUGACGAGGUGUAAGGAAACAGAGUUUGUAGCACUUUAUAUGUGAUCCUGGGGUCAGAUUGCCCAUCAGACACCCCUUACUGUGGGCUCCCCAGGAAGGUCAUGGGGAAGCUGGGGACUCCCCCAGGAAGGUCAUGGGGAAGCUGGGGACUCCCCCAGGAAGGCAUGAGGAAACUGGGGACUCCCCAGGAAGGCCAUGGGGAAGCCAGAAAUUGUAGGUGGCAGGAGGUCCAGAUACCAAGAUGAUCACCAGUGUUUUGCCUCUUGUCUAACUGGACACAUGACGCCUGGCAUGUACCUACAUCUUCUUCCCCUAGAGUUGGCUGCUAUAAAGAUACAUCCCCCCCUGAA